GGCAACCUGGGCCUGCACUACGUGCAGCUGGACCUGGCGCAGCUGGUCUACACCACCACGCCACUCUUCACCCUGGCGCUGUCCCGCGGCCUGCGGGGCACCUGCCACCACCCGCUGCAGUAUGCCGCCAUGGGGCCCAUCUGCCUGGGUGCCUCCGUCAGCCUCCUCAGCGAGGUGCACUUCAGCCGGCCCGGCUGCUGCUUCCUCCUGGCCGCCACCUGCCUCCGGGCGCUCAAGUCCAUACAGCAAAGUACCCUGUUGCAGGAUGAGAAGCUGGACUCCAUUACCUUGCUCUGCCUGAUGUCCCUGCCCAGCUUCUGCAUCCUUUUCCUGGCAGCUCUGGUGCUGGAAGUGGGACCUGCCUGGGAUGGCUCACUGCAAUAUGACAGUGCCCUCUGGGCCUGUAUCCUGCUCAGCUGCCUGGGCUCUGUCCUCUACAACCUGACCAGCUUCUAUGUCAUCUCACUGACCUCUGCCCUCACCAUUCAUGUCUUGGGCAACUUCAAUGUGGUGGGGAACCUGGUGCUUUCGUGGCUUCUUUUUGGCAGUCACCUGAGUGGGGUCAGCUAUAUUGGCAUUGGACUCACCCUUGUGGGGAUGUUUAUGUACCACAAUUGUGACCUCAUAGCUGGAUACUGGCAUGCAAGGUUAGGCAGGGGGCAGAUGAAACCAGACUGAAUCCUUGGCUGGUGCAUAGUGACCCUCUACAAAUUGGCCAGGAACGUUUACAGAAUGCAAUGCACUCUCUGGUGUGUGUGUGUGUGUGUGUGUGUGUGUGUGUGUGUGUGUGUAACUGGCACUGCACUCUAUAGGGGGUAUGCAUUACAGAAUGCAGUGCAUUCUCUGGUGCAUGUGUGUGUGUUGACAAAUGUGUGCAUGCUUUCUUGAUGCUGUUUAGUGGAUGGAGGAUUUCAUAUCCAAGUAUAUGGGUGUGUACAAGCACAUGUACAUGUGUAUUUACAAGUAUCCUCUGAUGUUGAAGUGUAUCAGACACUUUGCUAUGUUUAUAUGCUAUGGUUUUCUACUGAUGAAAAUGUCAGAACUUUUCUGGGAAGGGAAUGUGAGGGGAAAGCAUUUGUGUGUGUGCACAAGUUCACUAUUGUCCUAUGCUGGAUAGCAGUAAUUUAGGUGUGUUUGCAUCUGUGUGUCUGUAUUUGUGCUUUCUCUUCUGAGUGUUCCUGCAUAGAUUACAGCAGAAAUAUGCAGGCUUGUCUGUCUCUGAAUGUAGGCAUAUAUGUAUGCCUAUAUGUACUAUGGUUUUCUACUGAUGGGAAUGUAAGCACUCUUCCUAUGUGUACAUGCAUACAUACAUGCAUGCUAAUUACAGUAGAGCUGGAUCAUUCUUAUCUGGGUGGCUUACAACCGACUUAGUUUACAGCAGUUUGCCAAAUUAAAGACAAGCUUUUCAGUUGUUUGCUCAGACUUUCACUUUAGUCAGCAGGAGCACAUCCAGGAUCCCACACAGCUGAUUGGAGAUACUGCAUCCUUUGAAAUAAAAGUCACAGUGAACAACUAGAGCACCUCAGUGGUCCCACACAGCUGUUUGCUGUGGCUCUAUCUGUACCUGAAUGCUUCACAAAUCCUCUUCUUCACAGGGAGCUAAGGAACCUAACCCUGUAGAGAAUCCAGGCACUACUGUAUUGUUCUCUGUUAGAGAAAGCACAUCUGGCCCAUUUGUGUGUACGUGCAUAUAUGUAUGUGCUGGGGUUUUCUACUGCUGGGGGUGUCAGAAAUUCUUCCCUAUAGGAAUGUGUUUAUAUUUGUCUUCGCUACUGAGCUCCGCUGGAUGGAGUAUAUCAGAAGUGUGUGUGUGUGUGUGUGUGUGUGUGUGUGUUUGAGAGAGAGAUCACUAUUGCCCUCUGCUCAAUGGAGCAUAUCAGACCUACUGAAGUGUGUGUAUGUACGCAUGUGAGAGCUUUGCUUUUUUGUGUGUCGAGGUGUGUAUGAGUAUGUGUAUAAGAGAGCACUUUUUAUCAAAUCGUGUAUUAAGUUUUGUGUUUCUGUUCAGCAGGUCUCCUUUGAGUCUGAGUGAACUCAUUGGGGACCAGCCUUGAUUACGGGCUACUGCAAGUCCUGUUCCUAAGCCCUAGAGUCUGUGGUGAGCUUUCUACUGUACAGGCACAGCCUGAGACUAUCGUGAGGAGAACUUCAGAAGCAUGAAUGCUGUUGCUAGUGUUCUCUAAACAUGCAGCUGAUUAGGGCUGUGCAUCUGUUUUGUUGAUACAAGCCAACCAGUUAGCAUCAGUCCUGAGCUCCCUAAGAACUGUUUUCUUGUGGGUUAAAAACACAUUGAUUCACCUUAUAAUGACUGACUGAUUCACUGGACUGUGCCCUCUGCAUUUCCUUAUUCUGAGAUAUGGCUGUCGCAGGCUUGGGGCAGAACCCCUGACAUGCUAUGGGAGAGAUUGCUUCCCUGCCCCAGUGGACUCUCCCUAAAGAGCCUGUGCCUGGCAGGCUUCCAAGAGCAUCUCAAAACGGAGUCUUUUAGCUUACUGGUUGGUUCAGAGCUGCCAACUGUGAUGGAUUUAGGGCCCAGUGUAUGUAUGUGCAUGUACCCAUGCACAUGGGUAUACACAGGCCGAUGUUCUCUAUCACAAGUGUCCAUUCACAUGCCAGCACUAACAUGCAUGCACUCCUCCAGAGGGCACAUAACAGUGCUAAAAUGCCAACACACCCAGAUUGCACAUGUGUAUGCACACACACCAGCAGCAAGACAAGCACAGAGGUGUCCCCCCCAAAUUUGCACACACACACUGUCUAGACAUACAGACACACACACAUGGUCCCCCACAGUUCACACACAUCUGUCAGCACCAGAGCACACACUGAUGUGUGCUCCCUCCCCUAAGUGUAUACUUGCACACCACUGCUAGCACACAUACACAGGUAUGCUCCCCUGCAGUGCAUCCUCAUGCAUCCCCCCAGCACUAACUCAUACUUGCCAGAAUGCACAUGCACACACCACACACUCCAGAAUAAACACAACAGCAAGCAGGAUCACAUUCAUGCACAUAUAGUGUGUGUGCAGAUACACAUAGCCCAUGAGGAAAUCCCUGUGCCCUUUUCAGCCAUUCUUUCCUUGGUAGCAGUGCUCUGCAGUGGGACUCCAGCCAGAACCAUGACUCUGAGUAACAUGCAAAAUGAUUUUGGUGAAAAGGCUUAUAGUGUUGAUGUGUUGGGGGUCCUAUGCCAGCAGGCUGGGCCUUGCCUGGGGCCAAAGGGCAGCUCUGACUGCACCUGUCCUCAAA